AUGCCCAAGAAGCACAGGCAGUCGUUUGCCAAACCAGCUAGCACUCCUCACCACUCACUCACAUCUUCGGGCCGUCAUAAUGACCAAAUCCAACGGUCAGCCACUUCGGUCAACGACUUGAUCAGCCAUCUCCGUCGCACACAAGUGACCAGCUCCGCGGAACACGAAACACAAGCGUCCUCGUCGGUUUCACGGUCUACCGACUCCUUGCGAUCCGUACACCCAUCCUUACGCGAUAUUCUCGAACUUCCUGAGACCGCGCCGCCUCGUCCUCGACCGAACACACGGCGUACAGCAAUCGGCGGGCGCCGCGUGCGCAUUAUACCGGGGCCCCCGCCUCCUGAAAGCUGGCUAACCGAAGACAGCAAACGCUCUCAAGAAGAAGACGAUAAGCUGUCAUUGAAGGAGAUUCAAAAACCUAUAUAUCGUCUUGAGAGGCUUCCUGGUGCUAAAUUUCCAGGAGAAAGUAGCCUGAGUCAUGCAAUUCUCAAGUCUAUGGCCUCAAACUGGGCCUGGCACCUGGAGUACGAUGGAUCAUUCUUAGCCCAGCUUCCAUAUCACGUGAAGGAUGUCUUGCUCAGCUAUAUCGCUGUUUAUGCAGAUACAUCUCCGGGGUAUCUAUGGCGCAAAGAUGGACUGAUGCGGGGGUCUAUUGAGGAAGAAGAUAUAGAUGGGGAUGAGAACAUGAUCCACGAUGCUGCAGUAACACGUCUUGAUUUCAGCCGCGCAUUAGGAUAUUGGAUAUCGUUCAAGCAAAUCGCCCACGAGCUUCGUCCCUCUGCGAAGUCUGCGAUCCCUGAGUUUCAGCGUGAUGCUGAAGAGAUCAUACCAGCUUCUUGGGACGAACUAGUAGACUCCAACGAGACAAUCUCAACCGCCACUUCCAGCUUCCAGAAACUACCCAUUCCCAAAGCUCUUGAUCAGCCGCGGUUCCAAAAUCUCCGCUAUUUAUCUUUCGCCCAUCCGGAGCCGAGCUCUGCGAAAUGGGACUCUCUUAUUCACCUUCUUUCGCGGCUACCUACAAUCACUCACUUGUCCUUGGCCCACUGGCCUAUUCCUUGUCGUUCGUCGACCUUCCCUCGUUCUCGCGAGCCAAAUGACUCGUUCCGAGACAAUACGGUUCUGGCUGACGCUGCCGCGGUUCUACGUCAACUUGCACGCAGUUCCUACUGUUUGAAAUGGCUUGACCUAGAAGGCUGCAGUGAAUGGAUAGAGGCCCUUACCUAUCAAGGAUCCGACCCCGACGGACGAGAGUACAGUAGAGAAGUAUGCGGUCCAGAGUGGAACGGGCCUUGGAGAGACAUUGAGUGGAUUGGUCUAGGACCGGGCUUUGAGUGCCCUGAAGACAUACCGGAGGGCAAGUCUUCUUCCAGCGGUCCUUCUCAGGACAAGAUACAGAAGAACCUUCAAAGAGCACGUGAAAGUUGGAGAACGCGAUUUGAACAAGGUCACAAGACUUGGCGCCAGCUGGUGCAGAUCAGAAAAGAGAGCCGUGGGAAAUGGAUGUACACGGAUGUUGACGAGAGGGCUUAUACUACUUUCAUCCGAUCCCGGUCCUCCUGA